ACACAGAGGUCACCUCGUACUCUGUUAUAGCCAUGAACUGAUAGCUGAGACCUAGAAAUCAUCUCCUUCUGCCGGUUCCACGUCACCGCCGUCCAUCCGGGCAAAACAUUCGAAGGGUUCCCCUUUCGAUUGAUCCUUUGUCAGGCAUAAUCUCCGGUUCGACCGUUCCUUUCCCAACUUGACGACCCUCUCAUGCUACCUCGCCCAUCAGAAAGCUCUGUACGACCUAGAAAUCUUCAAGACCCCCUUGCAUACCUCGAACAAGGACUACCUCUUGACGACGGCCACAACACGCAUUACCGUCCACGACCGCAAAGCCAGCUAUAUCACGACAGCAAGGGUGCACACGACAGAGAGAUGUAUGAAAAGACGCAUAUACGACAGAGGUCAGGGUACUUGUCGCCCACUCUGGGAACGUUUCCCCUUCCUGGAGGUGGCCCAGCGGGGAACGAGGACGCCGGGACGAGACAACGCAAAACCGCUGCCAGAGCGGAUCAGCCGAUCAAUGACACAGCCAAUAGCGAAGGGACGGCUGGGUUGGGCGGCUUGGGACUAGGGUUAGGUCUGGAAACUCGAAGAGAAAAGGAUGGGCAGGUCGUGUUCGAGAAACCAAGGCAAGAAUCAGAUCAGGCAGAAUCAGCAGGAUUGACGGGAAAGGAUAAAAAGGCUUUCAUCUUGCUUGUUAUGCUUUGUAAACUGCAGGGCAUCCCAAUAGGUUUGACCUUUGGUACAAUCCCCUUUCUUCUCAAACCCCACGUCUCCUACUCCCAACUCGCCCUCUUCAGCCUGAGUUCGUGGCCGUACAGUCUCAAGCUGCUUUACAGCCCGAUUGUAGACGCUUGGUUCUGGAAUCGGCUGGGCAGACGGAAGAGCUGGAUCGUACCCGUGCAGAUCGUCUUGGCCGUGACCAUGUGGAUCGUCGGAGGUCGGGUACAGGGUUGGAUAGAUGCGGAAGAGAUCGACGUCCACUUCUUGACAUUCAUCUUUGUCAUGUUCAUCUUUUUCGCUGCGACCCAAGACAUUGCCGUGGACGGCUGGGCGCUCACGUUACUAUCCGGUCCCAACCUCUCCUACGCCUCGACUGCCCAGACGAUCGGUCUCACCAUCGGAUCCACCUUGAGCAACACCGUGUUUCUCGCGCUCAACAGUGUAGAGUUUUCGAAUACUUGGUUGCGAAGAGUACCUAGUAUCGAGCCUGCGAUCACGCUCGAGGGGUAUUUGAAGUUUUGGGCAGGGGUUUACCUGGUAUUCACCCUCUGGUUGGCCUUUGGCAAGAAGGAAGAGCCAACGAGCGAUGAUGAUCCCGAUCUCGACGUUCGCAAGGUGUACACCGUCAUGGGCAGUAUUUUGAAGCUGAAGAAUAUUCAAUCCUUCCUGGCCGUUCAUUUGGUCGCCAAAUUCGGUUUUCAGGCCCUCGAGUCCUCUGCCUACAAAUUCAUGGAAAAGGGUCUACGCAACGAGGACUUUGCCGCGAUUCACCUGCUCAAUACGCCCUUUGAGCUGUUGGGCGCUUCAGUCGCUGCCAAAUGGUCGAGGGGAGACCAACCGUUGAGCGCGUGGCAACAGGCCUUCUGGCCGAGGUAUGCCAUCGCGGCGAUGGUCAUGGUCUUGUUUUACGUGUUUCCCGAGGGACAUGUGGGGCCAGGGUAUAUGGGAGCGUUUAUCGCGAUCACCCUGAUGGGCAGUUUCGCUAGCACCGUGCAAUUUGUCGGUGUCACGGCGUUCCACACCCAAAUCGCCGACCCCCUGAUCGGAGGGACCUACAUGACGCUCCUGAACACUGUAACGAACCUCGGUGGAACUUGGCCAAAGCCCGUCGUCCUUAAAGGCAUCGACUACUUUAGCCGAUCGUCCUGUCGAAUCAAGGAAGAAUCAGGCGUGAUAUCGCUACGAGCGGCCGAGUGCAUCUCGGACCACGGUCGGGCAAUCUGCGCUCAGGAAGGCGGCGUAUGCGUGACCGAGCGGGAUGGGUACUAUGCCAUGUCCAUGAUAUGUAUCGCGGUGGGUGUGAUCUUGCUGGUCACUUUCGUAUUGCCAACGACACGCCGACUUCAGAAUCUGCCAAUGUCUGCAUGGAGGGUCAAGAUCCCGACCUAGAUCGGGUUUGUCGACGAGGCGAGAUUUGUAAACUUGUAACAACCAGGUUUGCGUGCGAUCAUGAGGCAUCCAGGGGUUCGUGCCCAGCUGUUGAAGCGAUGUCGUUGUUGCCCAUGUCCAAGUCUGUCGAGGAUGGGAGGUAGUUUACGAAUCCAG